AAAUAAUUUGAGUAGUAGCAAGGUUCCUUCACAUCAUGACUUCAAUGAAUCCAGUCCAAAUCCUAAGGCAAGGAGCAGAGGAAGAGAAGGCUGAGCAUGCCCGAAUGAGUUCAUUCAUCGGCGCCAUUGCCAUCGGAGACCUUGUCAAGAGUACCAUGGGACCUAAGGGUAUGGAUAAGAUUCUAGUCCAAAUGGGCCAAGAUGGAUACCCCGGUGAUAUCCAGGUUACAAACGAUGGAGCCACAAUCCUACGCUCUAUCGGAGUAGACAACCCAGCUGCUAAAGUCCUUGUCAACAUCUCCAAAGUUCAGGACGAUGAAGUUGGUGAUGGAACUACCUCCGUAACUGUUCUAGCUGCUGAACUUCUCAGGGAAGCAGAGCAGUUGGUGUCAAAAAAGCUGCAUCCCCAGAUCAUCAUCAGCGGAUACAGGGCCGCUCUUCAAGUUGCCAUCAAGGUCCUGACUGACACAGCCAUCGACAACGGCAAAGAUAUCGAAGCUUUCAAGAAAGACCUGAUGAACAUUGCUAGAACCACACUCAGCUCAAAGAUCCUAAACCAGCAUAAAGAGCACUUUGCCGAACUUGCUGUAAACGCUGUGAUGAGACUGAACGGAAGUACUGACUUAGAACUUAUCCAGAUUCUUAAGAAAACCGGAGGAAGUAUCGAAGACUCGUAUCUGGAUGAGGGAUUCCUUCUUGAAAAAGAAAUCGGACACAACCAGCCAAAACGUAUCGAGAAUGCCAGAAUCCUCGUGGCUAACACUCCUAUGGAUACAGAUAAGAUCAAAAUCUUUGGAUCAAAAAUUAAAGUAGAUUCCACAGCUAAAGUAGCAGAGAUCGAGCUUGCAGAGAAGAACAAGAUGAAGCAGAAAGUAGAAAAGAUUCUAACACACGACAUCACCUGCUUUAUCAACAGACAGCUGAUCUACGAUUACCCCGACCAACUGUUUGCUGAUGCCGGAGUUAUGGCUAUCGAGCAUGCUGAUUUCGAUGGCAUCGAAAGAUUGGCUAAGGUUUUGGGAGCUGAAAUAGUUUCCACCUUCGAUCAGCCUGAAAAGGUCACUCUAGGAGAAUGUAAACUUAUCGAAGAAGUCAUCCUCGGAGAAGACAAGCUCCUCAAAUUCUCAGGAGUAAAACAGGGCGAAGCUUGUACCGUAGUGUUGAGAGGGGCAACUAAAAUGAUUGUUGACGAAUCCGAGAGAUCUCUCCACGACGCUCUCUGUGUCCUUACUCAGACUGUCAAGGAAACUAGAACCGUCUUCGGAGGAGGUUGCUCUGAGAUGAGAAUGGCACGUCAUGUUGAAGAACUAGCAGCCCGUACCCCUGGCAAAGAAGCCCUCGCUAUCGAGAGUUUCGCUCGAGCCCUGCGACAGAUCCCCACAAUAAUCGCUGAUAACGGUGGUUACGACAGCUCACAGCUGGUCUCUGAGCUGAGAGCCAUGCACAGUCAGGAUCAGAUAUACGCAGGACUUAACAUGGUCACCGGAGAGGUCGGUGAUAUGCGAGAGCUCGGAAUUACAGAGUCGUUCGCCGUGAAGCACGCCGUGGUCAACAGUGCUGCGGAGGCCGCCGAAAUGAUCCUGCGAGUUGAUGACAUUCUCAAAGCGACCCCAAGGCAACGAGGUGGAGACAACUGCAUGUAAUCAGCAUGACACCUUCUGUUCUACAUUUUCUCAUCGUGCACCUUUUGUACAGAACUCGAGCUUUAUUUGUAUUUUAAUAUUAUUUAUAAAUCUUGGCAAGUUGCUGGUUUAUUUCUAUAGAAA